AUGAGAAAUCAUUCUACAGUAUAUGAAUUCAUUUUUGCAGGAUUCAUGGACUCCCCAAGACUGCAGAUCCCUCUCUUCGCAUUCAUCCUAGUAGUAUAUGUUGUCACACUGAUAGGAAAUCUUGGGAUGGUCUUUUUAAUCAGAAUUAACCCACAACUUCACACUCCCAUGUACUUCUUCCUUAGCAACCUGUCCUUCGUAGACCUCUGCUACUCUACUGUUGUCACACCCAAGAUGCUCCUGGACCUGGUUAUGAGCAGAAAAGCUAUUUCACUGACUGGAUGUGCCCUACAGAUGUGGUUUUUUAUUCUCUAUGCAACAACAGAGAGUUCCCUCUUAUCUGCUAUGGCGUAUGACCGGUAUAUGGCCGUUUCUAAUCCACUACUCUAUACAGCAGUCAUGUCACAAACAGUUUGUGCCCAACUGGUAAUCAUUCCCUACCUUUUUGGAAUGGUGAAUGCCACAACACAAACAACCUUAGCGUUUUGACUAACUUUCUGUAACAGCAACAUUAUCAAACAUUUCUUCUGUGACAUCCCUGCUGUCAUAUCAAUCUCCUGUUCAGAUAUCAGACUUAACAAGAGGGUGCUUUUUGGUCUGUCUUGCAGCCUUGGCAUAGUGUGCAUGUCUGUAAUCAUUGUCUCCUAUACCUACAUCAUCACUGCCAUCCUGAGAAUCCGCUCCAAUGAGGGCAAGCACAAAGCUUUCUCUACCUGCUCAACCCAUCUCACAGUUGUGUCUAUCUUUUAUGGGACUCUCUUCUUUAUCUAUGUGCGUCCAAACUCCAGCUCCAGUUCAUCAAUAGAUGGGGACAAAAUGGUCUCUAUGUUCUACACAAUGGCGAUCCCCAUGCUGAACCCCUUGAUCUACAGCCUGAGGAACAAAGAGGUGAAAGAUGCCAAGAGGAAAUUGAUCUGGGGGAAAAGCUUCCUAUAG